AGACAGUCAUGCUGACGUUGGGGAGUGUUGGUGGCUCACUUAGACCCAGCUGAAAUCUGAUGAUUAUGCAAUCUUGGCAUGAAUUAUAAGAAGGAAGUGCGAGAAUGCAAGCCAUGGUGAAGGGACUGACUGAUCAAGGCAGUGCUCCUCAUUAAGGCUUUCAUCAUGGGGGAAUGGUCAAUCCUGUCUGAUUUGUUGGACAAGGUACAGUCCCACUCCACGGUGGUGGGGAAGGUUUGGAGGAGCGUUCUCUUCCUCUUCAGGAUCUUUAUCCUGGCUGCUGGCGUGGAUAAGAUAUGGGGAGAUGAACAAGGAAACAUGGACUGCAACACCAAGAGCCCUGGCUGCAAAAACGCCUGCUACGAUCAGUCCUUCCCUUUGUCUCACACACGCUUCUGGGUCCUCCAGAUCCUCAUUGUCUCCACACCGACACUCAUCUACUUGGGCCACGUCCUGCUGGUGAUUCGCAGGGAAAACAAGCUGAGGAGACGCCUGGGGCAGAAAUUUGGUAAGAAUGGGAUGAUCAAAACUCCAAAGUAUUCGGAUGAAAAUGGCAAAGUGGAGCUCAAGGGCGCCCUGCUGGUCAGUUACAUAAUUCAGCUGCUGGUCAAGAUCCUGCUUGAAGUGGGAUUCAUCGUUGGCCAGUACUACCUCUAUGGCUUCAUAUUCAUGCCUGCUAAGAUUUCAUUUCCGCACUACCCCUGUCCAGCACCGGUGGACUGCUUCAUAAGUCGUCCCACAGAGAAAACCAUCUUCAUUGUCUUCAUGUUGUCGAUUGCUGUCCUCUCUGUGAUCCUCAACAUUGUGGAGGUGUUUCACCUGAUCAUCUCAAAGAUGAAAGGGAGGAAAAGACGGAGCAGCGGCUCUUUUUCUGCGGAGGUGCAAAGCCUCAACAAAUCAGACCUCAGUGACAGAGUGACUUUCUGCUGAAGGACCGUAAAUCGAGAUGGGGACCCUGCAACCUCACUUUGCUUCUUUUACAUAGAUAUUACAUAGAUAUUACAUAGAUAUACCAAUGAGUCAUAUCCAGUUUUAAAUUUGAAAGAGUCCUACACAUCAUGUACCUUGUGUAUCUACAGUAUUACUUGACAUAUUUUACAUUUUACUUAUGGGUUUGAAUAAAUGAGGUAUGAGUAGCAGCAGGAUGAAUUGUAUUCAACCCUUGUGGUUGAUGUAUACUGGACAUUAUCUGAUACAAAAACUAUUGAAGAAAGUUGUGCUUGUGUGAAACUUUAAUACAUGUCAGAGUUUUACAGUAAAAGCUGAGUAAUAUUAAAUCCCUGAUAAAAUCAAUUAUUUCAAAUGUAAAUACGAUAGAAGGGUUCAUUUGGUCAGUCAGUGGUUUUGAAUGGUUCUUUCCACAUAAAAUCAACCAUUUUGCUGAAAGGAAAUACACAUUCUGACAUAAGUCCCCUCUACAUGUCCUGGCUGAAGCACUUUGGUUUCAAUUUAUUCUAAACUUCAUCUGUAAAUAAAUGUUGUUUUUAGCUAAGCUUAAUUAAAAGCGGAUUACCUUAUUAGGACUUUCUUUCUUAAAGUUUUUAUUUGUUAAAUUGUACUUGUGUAUUUGUGUGAUUUUUACAUAUUAAAGACAUCUGUUGUACAACAAGGUAA